UAACCCUGUUAGAUUGUUGCACCAUCAGCCCAAUAUAGACUGACAGAGCGCUGCAGCUGCAGCCUAACAUUGUUCAGUGAAGCUCCGCUGAUUGAAUUACAGGCUGUGACGCUGCAGAGAAUAAUUUAACUUUCAGUUUCGACCUCAUUCAUGAAAAAAUGGCGUCCGUCUAAAACUUGAUUACAGAGCUGAUCUGAUCGGAGGAGACAGACAGAGCUUCACUGGAGGUUUGUAAAAACCUUAAAAACCAAAUAAAACCGGAGCUGCUCGGCGGAAGGUCUCGGGUUAGUUUCCAGCUGUCCGCGAGUGUUACCGGAGUCUCUGCAUCACAGCUUCACCAUGCUGGGAGAAACGGGACCGGAGUGGCUGUCCGAGGAAGUGAAAACAGGAACGACCAUCAUCGCCAUCGAGUUUGAUGGUGGGGUCGUGCUCGGGUCCGACUCCCGCGUGUCUGCUGGGGCCUCUGUGGUGAACAGGGUGAUGAACAAACUGUCUCCCCUCCAUGAGAAGAUCUACUGCGCUCUGUCAGGAUCUGCAGCAGAUGCUCAGACCAUCGCUGAGAUCGUCAACUACCAGCUGGAUGUGCACAGCAUAGAGAUAGGUGAGGAUCCUCAGGUUCGCUCAGCUGCCACUCUGGUGAGAAACAUCUCAUACAAAUACAAAGAGGAGAUGUCAGCACACCUCAUUGUAGCCGGCUGGGACAGAAGAAAUGGAGGGCAGGUGUUUGCAACUCUAAAAGGGCUCCUGACACGUCAGCCUUUUGCAGUUGGCGGUUCUGGCAGCUCGUAUGUUUACGGGUUUGUUGAUGCUGAGUAUCGCAGAGGCAUGAGCAGAGAGGAGUCACAGCAGUUUGUUGUCAACACUCUCUCUUUGGCAAUGAACCGUGAUGGCUCCAGCGGGGGCGUGGCCUACAUCGUCACCAUUGAUGAACACGGCACGGAGGAGAAAGUCAUUCUGGGAAAUCAGCUUCCUACAUUCUUUGAUCAGUGACACCUUUGUUGUCCUCACAGUCCUGGCUCAGCUUUUUUUCAUAGCUGUCAGCUGACUCAGUUUUUGAAACACUGAACAAAAUCCAAAAUUAAAUAAAAGAAAA